ACGCUUCUUAAACCUCAGUCGCUCGAUAAAGGGUGACUCACAGUCCUUAUAACCUCGUCAAAACCCUAAAACCCAAUCCCUCUCUCCUUCUCCCCGCCUCUUAUUAGCAAACGGAGGUGCUCCAGCUUCUUAUCAUACGCACCCACAGCACAAUUUCUAGCGGCAACCAUGGUGUCACUGAAGUUGCAAAAGCGCUUGGCCUCUAGUGUUCUCAAGUGUGGCAAGGGCAAGGUCUGGCUUGAUCCAAAUGAAGCCAGCGAGAUCUCAAUGGCAAAUUCCAGGCAAAACAUUAGGAAGCUUGUGAAAGAUGGCUUUAUCAUCAGGAAGCCAAUGAAGAUUCACUCCCGUUCGCGGGCCCGUCGGGCUUUGGAGGCAAAGAGGAAGGGGAGGCACUCUGGAUAUGGUAAGCGCAAGGGUACGAGGGAGGCGAGGCUGCCAACAAAGGUGCUCUGGAUGAGGAGGAUGAGGGUGCUCAGGCGCUUGUUGCGCAAGUACAGGGAGUCCAAGAAGAUAGACAAGCACAUGUACCAUGACAUGUACAUGAAGGUCAAGGGUAACGUGUUCAAGAACAAGCGUGUGCUGAUGGAGAGCAUCCACAAGUCGAAGGCUGAGAAGGCGAGAGAGAAGACUCUCAGUGAUCAGUUUGAGGCCAAGAGGGCUAAGAGCAAGGCCAGUAGGGAGAGGAAGAUUGCCCGGAGGGAGGAGCGAUUGGCUCAGGGUCCUGGAGAAAGAGUGCCUGCAACACAAUCUGCACAGGGAGCCAAGAAAGGGAAGAAGUAAAAAAGAAAAGAAAAAGAAAGUAAAAAGUGAUGUUGCUGAUAUGAGUAGGGGCUGGUACUAAUCUGUUGGUGCUUUUAGUUAAUAUGUUGGAAAGUUGUUUUAUUUUUUUUUUAAAAAUCUUUCUGUAGUGUUUGAAAACCAGGAUUACUUUUGGGAGGUGCUCCCACUUUUGUUUUGUUCUUUUUAUUAAAUGGCAAGACUGUUUUGUUUGGAUCA